GUGGCCAAAGUAUUGGAGCUUCAACUUCACCGUCAGUCCUUCCACUGAAUAUUCAGGGUUGAUUUCCUUUAGGAUUGACUGGUUUGAUUUCCUUGCUGUGCAGUAGUUAUGAAUUAAUCUGAAAUCUCUCAAAUAGUUUAGCACUGAACAAGGAAAACUUAAUGACUCCAGCAGUGACCACCCCCUGCACAGGACAGAGCAAAGAAAUCCGUGCCUAGACACAUGCUAAUCAAACGUCUAAAAACUCAAGACAGAGAGAAAUCUUAAAAGCAGACAGAGAAAAUGACAUAUUACUUGUAGGGGACAGUUACUUGAAUGAUGGGAAAUCUCUCAUCAGAAACUAUGGAGGCUAGAAGAUGUUGGUACAGCAUGUAUAAAGUGUUGAAAGAUAAGAAUUUUCAGCUCAGAAUUUUUAUCCAGCAAAAAUAUCUAUUAGGAAAGAAGGUGAAAUAAAAAUGUUCUCAGAUGAAGGAAAACUAAGGGGAUUCAUUGCCAGCACACCAGCUCUAAAUAAUUGCUUUAGACAAAUGAUAAUUGAUACCAGAAGGAAACUUGGAACAUCAGUAAAGAAGGAAGAAUAAUAGUAAAUACACUAGGCUGUUUUCCUCCUCUUGAGUUUUUUUUUAAAUAUACUUGACAGAAAAAAAUUAUAUCAUUGUCUGAUUGAGUUUUCAGUUUAUACACAUGGAGUAAUGUAUAAAAGAAUUAUAAUAGGGGAGAGUAAGGGGCCUAUAGGGUAGUAGGGUUUCUUCAUUCUAUUUGAAGAGGUUAAAUGCUGAGUCUAAAUAGAUUUUGAAAAGUUGUGUGUGUAUGUGUAUGUGCAUGUGUGUAUUUGUAUAUCUCCCACAUUUGAUAUGGUAAUCCUUAGAGCAGCCACUUAAAACCCCUGUACAGCAUGGUAUAGUAAAAAAUUACUAUAGACAUUCCAAAAUAGAAUGUUAAAUAUAUUGAGACAGUUCUCAGGAAAACAGAAAGGUUAAACAGAAGAAGGAAAAACAGGAGUAACAAACAAAAAACAAAUAAAAUCAUAGACUUAAAUCAAAACAUACCCAUAAUUAUAUUAAAUGAAAAUGAUCCAUACACAUCAAUUAAAAAAAAUUAUUGGGAUGGAAAAAAAAACUCAUAAACAACUAUUUGUUGUUUGCAAGAAACUCAUUCAAAUAUAAUCACAUGUCAAUAGAUAAAAAGAAAAAGGAUGAAAAAAUGUACCCUGUAAAUGCUUAUCAAAAGAACGUUGAGGGCUUCCUUGGUGGCCCAGUGGUAAAGAAUCCUCCUGCCAGUGCAGGAGACACAGGUUCGAUCCCUGGCCCGGGAAGAUUGCACAUGCCGCAGAGCAGCUAAGCCUGUGCGACAGCUCCCGAGCCUGUGCCCUAGAGCCCCCAGUGCCACCGCAGCUCCUGAAGCCCCCCUGCCCUAGAGCCCACGCUCCGCAACAAGAGGACCACUGUAAUAAAAAGCCCUUGCUCCGCAACUGCAGAGUGGCCCCCACUCGCUGAGGCUGGAGAAAAGCCCACGCAACAACAAAGCCCCAGCACGGCCAAACAUAAACAAAUGAAAGUAUUAAAAAAAGAAUGCCGAGUGGCUGUAUUAAUACCAGAGUAGUCCUCUGAGCAAGGAAAUAACCAGAGAGACAGUAUUUAAUGACAGAAGCGUCAGUUCAGUGAGAAGGCGUAGUGGGCAUAUGGUGGUCUCUAGUGUACUGUGCUCCUUAACAACAGGGCUUCAUGACAUAUGAAGCAAGAGCUGACAUAGCUGAAAGAAGAAGUAGGAAAAUCUGCAAUUCUAGCUGGAGGUGUCAACACCCCACCGUCAGUAAUAGUAGCGGAUAGAAAGUCAGUGGGCGUGUAGCAGACCCGAGCAGCCCCAUCCACCUUUGUGAUCUAAGUGAUGUUUACAGAGCACUCCACCCAACAGCAGCUCAGAGCACGUUCUUUACAAGUGAACAUGGACCAGUCACCAGGACAGACUGUAUUCUUGGUUGUAAAACACUCCUCAAUAAAUUUAAAUUGGAGCAGACUUUACAUAAAAACCACAGACCUUCAAUUUGUACAAUAACACUGUAUCCAUGAAGCACAAUAAAACGAGGCAUGCCUAUAACUAUUUUUAAAAUUUCUGCCUCCAAACUGAAAAAAAACUUAAGGAAGCAAGAGUUUAGUACUCCCCAGAGUGAAAGCACAAAUUGCAUCUGAUGCCAAUUUCCUAGUUUUACUGAAACUAGUUUUCUGUUUAUCAGAUGAGCCCCAUGAACUCUAAAGGGGUGUGCCGUGUGAGGACAGCCUCUGCAGGGACGAGCAGAACUGGGGGACUCUGGUGCAGAUGACUGGACCCAGGAAGGGGAAAACGGAGUCCAUCACGGUGGUGAAGCUGCUGAGCUGCUUCGAUGACCUGGUGGCAGCAGGCACAGCCUCUGGGAGGGUUGCAGUUUUUCAGCUUGUGUCCUCGUUGCCAGGGAGAAAUAAACAGCUUCGGAGGUUUGACGUCACUGGCAUUCACAAAAAUAGCAUAACAGCUCUGGCUUGGAGCCCCAAUGGGAUGAAACUGUUCUCUGGAGAUGAUAAAGGGAAAAUCGUCUAUUCUUCUCUGGAUCUAGAUCAGGGCGUCUGCCAGUCGCACCUGGUGCUGGAGGAGCCGGCCUCCAUCGUGCAGCUGGACUACAGCCAGAAGGUGCUGCUGGUCUCCACGCUGCAGCGGAGCCUGCUGUUCUACACCGAGGAGCGCUCUGUCCAGCAGGUCGGGACACAGCCGAGGAAAAGCACUGGGAAGUUUGGUGCCUGCUUUAUACCAGGACUCUGUAAGCAAAGCGAUCUAACCUUGUAUGCGUCCCGGCCUGGGCUCCGGCUGUGGAAGGCCGACAUCCACGGGACUGUCCAGGCCACGUUUAUCUUAAAAGACGUCUUCGCCGGAGGAGUCAAGCCUUUCGAGCUUUACCCACGCCUGGACUCCGCCGAGCGGGGAGGGUGCAGCUCACCUGAGAAGCACCUGGGGCUUGUGUCAUGCUUCUUCCAAGAAGGCUGGGUGUUGAGUUGGAAUGAAUAUAGUAUUUACCUCCUGGAUACCGUCAACCAGGCCACAAUUGCUGGUUUGGAAGGAUCAGGUGAUAUCGUGUCUGUUUCCUGCACAGAAAAUGAAAUAUUUUUCUUAAAGGGAGACAGGAACAUUAUACGAAUUUCAAGCAGGCCUGAAGGACUAGCGUCAAUAGUAAAACCAGCCUCUUUACCAGUGCGGGACGGCCUGGAGACAUCGGCGUGCACAGAGCAAGUCCACGGGCCACGUGUGGAGAAGCCGCCGGCGGCCACGCCUUCCGAGACGAGGCUCCGGGGCUCUUCGGUGGCCAGCUCCGUGGCCAGCGAGCCCAGGAGCAGGAGCAGCUCGUUCAACUCCACGGACAGUGGCUCCGGGCCGCAGGCAGCCCCCGAGCUGAGCAGGGGCGGCCCGCUCACCUCAAAGAGAUUCAGCGUGAUCAGCUCGGAGGACUUCGACCAGGAACUAGUGGUGAAGCCUCUCAGAGUGAAAAAGAAGAAGAGGACGAAGAAGACAGUCGAAGGCGGGAGCAGCGCCACGGGCCCCAGCCCCCUUGAGCCGACCCCCGGCCGUGAGUGUCCUGGGGACAGCCCCCAGUCCGUGAGCACGGACCUGCCGUCUGCGGCCUCCAGCUUGGGCAGCAUCGUGGACCGGUCCAGCACAGGGUCUCCUGACCAGGAGAGCAGUGUCAGCAGGGAGGCCAGUGGUGUGCUGCCAGAGUAUAGCGACCCUGAGGCAUUCAGUGUCCUGGAGGUCCCCCUGCCCGCCCCCGACCUGCUGAACGGAGGAGCUGAGGGGAGAACUGAAAGCCCCCUGGGCGACGGUGAGGGCGGGACCGAGCCGCCCAGUGGGGCAGGGAGUUCCUCCUGGCGCCGGACGGAGUGUGCGGAGGACACUGAGGACAUCGUGGAGCUCGAGGAGGAGCCUCAGCCUGCGGACAGUGGGCCGGGCAGCACAGCAGAGGCCCGGGGGGACGGGGCCGUGCAGCCUGAUGGCCCCCCGGGUGCUUUCUCAGAAGCCUGCCUCCUGGACUCGGCGCCGGAGCCUUCCCACCUCAGCUGGGCCCCCAGUGCAGAGCAGCAGCUUCCGGGGGCCACGGCUGAUGAAGGCAGAGCUGAGGAGCCCCCCGAAGAGCAGGGCUUCCUGAUGCACAUGGGAGCCCCCCGCAACCUCAGCCCGAGUCCCUGGCGCACUCCUGACGCUAACACGGGCCAGACAGUGGUCGUCGCUUCCGAGCGUGACCUGGGUGGGGGAGGCCGACCACCUCCCUGGACCUUGGUCGCCAGCGCCCAGGAGCAGCCCCCACGGGACCAGGUGCUGACAUCCAGCGAUGAGGAGGACAUCUACGGCCACGGGCUGCCCUCUUCAUCCUCGGAGACGAGCGUGACGGAGCUAGGAGGGGGCCGCUCCCUGCAGGACCUGAGGCAGCUGGGCACGGACGACCCUGGGCUGCUCAAGGCCGAUCAGUUUGCAGAAAGCUGGAUGGGCUACUCUGGGCCCGGCCACGGCAUCCUCAGCUUGGCGGUCUCCGAGAAGUACCUCUGGUGCCUGGACUACAAAGGCGGCCUGUUCUGCAGCGCGUUGCCGGGCGCUGGGCUGCGCUGGCAGAAGUUCGAAGAUGCCGUCCAGCAGGUGGCAGUCUCGCCCUCAGGUGCCCUUCUUUGGAAGAUUGAACAGAAGUCUAACCGAGCCUUUGCGUGCGGAAAAGUGACCAUCAAGGGGAAGCGCCACUGGUACGAAGCUCUGCCCCAGGCGGUGUUUGUGGCCCUGAGCGACGACACGGCCUGGAUCAUCAGGACCAACGGGGACCUGUACCUGCAGACAGGUCUCAGCGUGGAUCGCCCCUGCGCCAGAGCCGUGAAGGUCGACUGUCCGUUCCCGCUGUCCCAGGUCACUGCCCGCAACAGCGUGGUGUGGGCGCUGACGGAGCAGCGAGCCCUCCUGUACCGGGAGGGGGUGAGCAGCUUCUGCCCCGAGGGGGAGCUCUGGAAGUGCGACAUCGUCAGUGAGCGGCAGGCUCUGGAGCCCGUCUGUGUGACUCUCGGGGACCAGCAGAGCCUGUGGGCUCUGGACAUCCGAGGAAACCUGUGGUUCCGGACUGGCAUCGUUUCCAAGAAGCCCCAAGGAGACGACGACCACUGGUGGCAGGUGAGCGUCACGGACUAUGUGGUGUUCGACCAGUGCAGCCUGUUCCAGACCGUCAUCCGCGCCACACACUCGGUGGCCACGGCGGCCCAGGCGCCCGUGGAGAAGGUGGCGGACAGGCUGCGCACAGCGUUCUGGUCCCAGCAGCUGCAGUGCCAGCCGAGCCUGCUGGGCGUCAACAACAGCGGCGUCUGGAUCUCCUCCGGCAAGAACGAAUUCCACGUCGCUCGAGGGAGUCUCAUCGGCACUUACUGGAAUCAUGUUGUUCCCCGGGGGACCGCCUCUGCCACAAAGUGGGCCUUUGUGUUGGCGUCCACUGCCCCCACCAAGGAAGGAAGCUCGCUGUGGCUGUGCCAGAGCAGCAAGGACCUGUGCCGCCUGAGUGCCCAGCACGCCCAGUCCCGCCCGUCCACCGUGCAGCUGCCCCCCGACGCCGAGAUGAGGGCCUACGCCGCCUGCCAAGAUGCCCUGUGGGCGCUGGACAGCCUUGGCCAGGUGUUCAUCAGGACACUGUCCGCCAGCUGCCCCACAGGCAUGCACUGGGCCCGGCUGGACCUCUCCCAGCUAGGAGCUGUGAAACUGACGAGCCUGGCCUGUGGAAACCAGCACGUCUGGGCCUGUGACUCCAGGGGUGGCGUUUACUUCCGCGUUGGCACCCAGCCGCUGAACCCCAGUCUGAUGCUUCCGGCCUGGAUAGCGAUUGAGCCGCCUGUCCAGCCUGCCGGGGUCACCUUGGUCAGCGUCCACUGCAGCCCCGACGACCAGAUGCUGUGGGCCCUGGACAGCAGGUGGAAUGUGCAUGUCCGAGCUGGGAUCACCGAGGAGAUGCCAGUGGGGACCGACUGGGAGCAUGUGCCAGGGCUGCAGGCCUGCCAGCUGGCCCUGAGUGCCAGGACCGUGUGGGCCCGGUGCCCCAACGGGGACCUCGCCCGCCGGUACGGCGUCACCGACAAGAACCCUGCCGGGGACUACUGGAAGAAGAUCCCUGGGAACGUGACGUGUGUUACAGUGACCGCGUCAGAUGAGCUGUGGGCAGUGGGCCCACCCGGCUACCUCCUCCAGCGGCUGACGAGGACGUUCAGCCACUCGCACGGGGCCCAGGGCAGCCACGCCGCCACCCCCCACCCUGAGGACCUGGAGGACGAAUGGGAGGUCAUCUGAAGGUGCCCCCGGGAGGGCAGACGCCGGGCCCCGAGUGGGGACACAGUCGGCUUCAUAGUCACUCGCCCCGGACACACCUCGCCAGCCCCCGUCAGACACGUCUAAGCCAGGUCGGACGGCCCACUUUGCUUUCAUCCGUGUUCGUCUGUGUCUCGUCCCAGAACCCACAGCCUCGGCCGAGGGUCCGAGCCGUCACGGCAGCAGCAGGGCCUCUGGACUCCUGCGGAGGCCGUCCCGGGUGGGGCCGGCGGCUGCUGCGGUUGCAAUAGUCCCCGCUGCGCCGCCGCCGCCGCCUCAGCACCGGCCGCCCCCAGCCCGGGUCAGCGCUGCCCGCUCCCGCCGGGGCCCCGCCGCCAUCAGGCGCCCUCACCUCCUCUCUGAGACGCGGUCCCGGCACUCGUUCCCCGCCGACGCGCCGGAUGGGGAGCCAGCUGUGCCGGGACGGGGCUACACGCACGCACACGGCACAUGCACACGCACACCGCCCCCCUCCACCCCCGACCCCGCCUUGGGGCCAGGCCCGCCCCGGCAGACACACAGCUCCGCUGGAACAAUAAAGGCCGGUGGGCGAACGAAACCCGCCGUGUGCGCGUGAAUCCCAGGCGGCGGAGCGGCCGCGGGGCCUGAGCCCCGCCGUGACGUAGGAACGUCUCAGUGACACUCAGCCCGCGCUGCUGGGGCAUCGCAGAAACUCGGGCACCCUCAGAGGGUGAACCUCCUAGUCAUGGCCUUUUCUGUUGUAUUACAAACCUACCUGAGAUACCUCAUCUGAAAUCCGAUCUUACAAGUUUGAAAUGUAUUUUCUGGACCCAGUGGAAGGUCUCUCGCCCCUUCACGUGGUCUGUCCUGAGCCCGCGCUGUUCUCCGCUGCGUGUCCUCCCGGGCGGGGCAGCCUCCGUCAGCAGGCAUCCACCUCGGGAGGGUAGAUGCCCUCACAGGGCCGCAGCUGGUGCCUGUGUGGUCCGUUGCUGCGUGUGGCCAUGUCAGACUUCAGUCCGUGGCCUCGCCCCACGGGGCCCACUCACGUCACCUGGCUCUGAGAGGCAGCCCCGCCGCCCGGCAGGAGUUCUGCUGAGCUGCUUUUUUUAGCCUGCCCUUGGCGUGGGGCCCUGUUACUCGAAGCCUAUUUUCUACUAGGCAAGUGUGUCCAAGAGCCCCUGGGCCACAGGUGAAAAGCAGUAAGAUGCGCUCUGUGACAGGACCCAGCCAGCCAGGAGGACGAGAAGCCGCAGUGCCCGCCUGCACCUCACCCCUCACCCCGACAGAGCGCUUCACGCGUUCCGACAGCGGAGGCCCCUGUCCCGCACCCGCUGUGCCUUGCCCAGCUCCUCUCCCCGCUUGGCAGAGCUCUGCUGAACCCGCGGGACUUCAGUGCAAUGAGCCCCCAUCUGGUUUGAUACUUUCCAGUGACUUGUAGCUUCAGUGCUUUGUACAGUUUCCUUUCUGGUUUCUCAGUUGUGCUUUGAGACAGUGCAAUAAACUUGACCUCUUCCCACCCCCACCCCAACCCAGUCCAGUCUGACGUCUGAAGGGGAAAAGCUGCCCUGAGUGGCACUCGUGCAGGCCGUUCCCGCCCAUGCCACCGGGACUCUGCUGCUGGUGUUCCCAGCCCAGCCCCCCCACCAGGAGGGUGUGCCCAGGGGUGGUCCUGGGGGAAUGUCACUCCAGAGGUGCCCCUGGGGGCAAGACCACAGGCCUAGUCUCCACCCACGACCCAAAACCAGAUACCAGAAGUGCCCUGGUGGAAACCAGCAUGUGGAGAAAGAUCGUGUUCACGACACAGCAGGACGGCCAGCCGCGUGCCAGCAAACAACCCGAAUGAGACACGUCAGAUUCGGUCAAGACCUGGCCAGGCUUUAUGGAAGACUUCUGUGAAAGCUUGACCGGGAAGGCGUGGCUGAUGUUGCCGAGGGAAAGCCACAGACACCAUGCAAAGACAUCAGUCCUCUCCAAGGCAUUUACGGCUUUCUCUCCAUUUGUCAAACUCCCCACUGGGGUUCUUUCUGUUGGGGGAGGCAGGGAAGACUCCAUAAAAUAACGUUUGUGCCCACAGAUGUGCUCCGAGGGUCUCCCAGCUCACUGGGGCUCCGGUGAGACCCAGCGAGGGGAAGUAAGUUGCUCAAGGCAGCAGAGCGCGCUGGGACUGGACCCAGCUCCAGGGGCUCCAGGCCUGUGCUGGGAAGAAACAGGUGAGCGGUGCUGAGUGAUGACGGGCCCGAAUGAAGCAGGCCGUGGGUGGGAGGGCAGUGACAUUAGCGGCCCAGCAAGGACCAACCAUGGGGAGUUAGCCAAAUGGAGGGGGGAGGCGACUGCGAGCUGGCAUGGACCUCAGCCUAACCGCUCCGGUGAAGCAGAUACCAAGUGGACGAGAGAACCUUAAAACUAGGGGGCAAAGGACAGUAACUGACUUCUGGAUGGCAAGUGCUUUCUAAACCCCAAAGCGGUGGGAAAAGUCAGAGGAAAAUAGUAUAUUAUUUCCUCAAUUGAUUUCCUCAAAUUAUAACGAUCUUGUACAUUUUAAAAAAUAAAUAAAAGGGGAAACAAUUGCAGCAAGUCAGAGGAACAGCUGAGAUGCACCUGUGGACAGAGGUGAAAGGGCACUGCCUUCUGAGCCCCCAGGGUGCACGUGGAGCUGGUAACAGCCUUACAGCCCUCACACCCUGAAAUCCCUACUUCUAGAAACCUGUCCUCAAGAACAAACCCUAAGUCAGGUGUACAGGGGCAGCAUCCGUAGUAAUUGUGAAACACUAAAAACAGCUGACCAACAGCAGCUGACAGUUGGGAACAUUCCUCUCGUGAAACAGUAUGCAGCUGUUAAAACCGUGUGCCCGGGAGGAAAUCUGUGCCGAGCAGUCUCUCAGGCAGUUUGACUGUAUCAUCGCUAAAUCUCUUGGGCGUGGUAAGGAGAACAUGGUUUUGUAGGACUUCGUACACAGAGAGGAAGAUGACACACGUGUUUGCGUUGCUCUCUUCUAACUUCUGGUGGGUUUGAAACCUUUCAUAGUAAUUCCAGGGGACACAGGCGGGGCAGACACUACACACGCAGCUGGCCUUGGUGGCUGGUGGUCGCCUGUAGUGUGUACCUUUUUGUAUCUUUUGAAUUUGAGCCAUGUAAAUGUAUUAUUUAUUCCAAAAAUAAAUAAAAUUUACAUUUUAAAGA